AUGGUUGCUCUCCGACACCUGAUGCUCUUCGGCCUUCUCGCCCUGCUAGCAGGCGCCUGCGCAGCUCAGGGAAGCCGCAGGCUGCUCCGUGACAAUGACUCCGUCCAGGGCUCGAACGGCAAUAACGGUGGCAACAAUGGCGGCUUUGGCACCGAUAACAUAUUCCAGGGCCUGGGAAACGGCUUCAAGGGCUCUGACACCUCCUUCCAGGGCUUCAACAACAACUGGCAGACACCCGAAGGCAACUUUCAGGGCGGCAACUGGUUCCAGCCCAUGAUGAACACCAUGCCCACAGGUGACUUCCUUGGCUGUACAAGGAGGGAGCGGCUGCAGCAGCAGCUGCCGCAGCCGCAGCCGGGGGCCAGGGCGCAGCCGCAGUGGCAGCAGCAGCCGCCGCAGCAGGAGGUCAGGGAAGUGCGGCAGCAGCCGCCGCCGCCGCCGCAGCUGCAGCUUCUGGCACUGGUGGAGCCGCGGCCGCCGCGGCAGCAGCAGCGGCUGCAGGAAACAAUGGCGCGGCUGCAGCCGCAGCCGCCGCUGCAGCAGCCAGCCAGAUGGGCAACAGUGCUAACGGAGCGGCAGCGGCAGCAGCAGCCGCCGCCGCGGCAGGGGGCAACGGCGCAGCGGCCGUCGCGGCGGCUGCGGCCGCGGCAGGAGGCGCCGGGAGCGGAGCCGCGGCAGCCGCCGCCACUGCAGCAGCUGCAGACAAGGAGGGGGCGGCCGCAGCCGCAGCCGCCGCGGCCGCUGCCGGGGGACAGGACGCAGCCGCAGUGGCAGCAGCAGCCGCUGCAGCAGGAGGCCGGAAAAGCGCGGCAGCCGCCGCAGCCGCCGCCGCUGCAGCUUCCGGCAACGGCGCAGCUGCGGCCGCAGCGGCAGCAGCGACUGCAGGAAACAACGGUGCUGCAGCGGCCGCUGCAGCCGCUGCAGCUGCCGGCCAGAUGGGCAACGGCGCAAAUGGAGCGGCAGCGGCAGCAGCAGCCGCCGCUGCGGCAGGAGGCAACGGCGCAGCGGCCGUCGCGGCGGCUGCGGCCGCGGCCGGAGGCGCCGGGAGCGGAGCCGCGGCAGCCGCCGCCGCCGCAGCAGCGGCAGGCCAGAACGGAGCCGCCGCAGCUGCGGCCGCCGCCGCUGCAGCCACUGGCAGGAAUGGCACCGCCGCAGCUGCUGCUGCGGCCGCGGCAGGAGGACGCUAGACGUGGAGCAGACUGCGCUCAAGCGUCGCAGCUUCGAAAUUUAGUUUGGACAGGCGGCCGCAAGAUGCUGCAGGGCCCAGGGGCGAAUCAGGGCUCCCAGGGGUCAUUUCAAGGCAACCGGGGCGGCGGCUCUCUUUCCGCCAACCCCGGCAGUGCAGGCAUUACUGGGGGAAACCCUGCCGCCACCGGUGGGAACCCUGCCGCCACCGGGGGGAACCCUGCCGCCAUCGGGGAGAACCCUUCGCAGCUGAGGGGCCCAACCAAUCCCACCACCACCGGCGGCACAACGAUGCCCAGUGGAGCCACAGGGGGGCCCACAGGGGGAACCACUGGGGGAACCUCUGGCACCACUGCAGGGGGGACCACAGCCGGAGGCACACAGGGCCAGCGGGGUGGCACUGCCGGCGCCGGAACUGCUGGUGGCACUACCGGGGGAACCCAAGGCAGAGAUCCCGGCGCGGCAGCGGCAGCGGCGGCGGCUGCGGCCGCAGCGUCCGGCAAGGAUGCAGCAGCUGUUGCGGCAGCUGCAGCGGCAGCUGCCGGCGGCGGAGGCAACGCAGCCGCAGCAGCGGCGGCUGCAGCAGCCUCUUCUGGCGCAAGAACGGCGCUGCAGCAGCGGCGGCUGCAGCAGCUGCGGCCAGCGGCUCAGGCGGCGGCAACGGCGCAGCCGCGGCCGCAGCGGCAUCCGCGGCGGCCUCCGGACAAGGUGCAGCGGCAGUCGCAGCAGCUGCCGCAGCGGCCGGCGGAGGCAACAGCGCGGCAGCUGCCGCUGCAGCAGCGGCAGCAUCCUCCGGCCAGAACGGAGCGGCUGCCGCGGCGGCUGCAGCGGCUGCGGCGGCUGCCGGUGGCGGCGGCGGGGGCACAGCUGGCGCCAGCGGGGCCGGUGCUUCUGGCGGCGGUGGUGGUGAGGGCGCCGCGGCGGCAGCAGCAGCAGCAGCCGCAGCAUCUGGCAACAGCGCUGCAGCCGUCGCAGCCGCUGCAGCCGCAGCCGGAGGCGGCAACAGCGCGGCAGCGGCAGCAGCAGCCGCCGCAGCCUCGUCUGGCAAAGACGGUGGCGCGGCAGCCGCUGCAGCGGCAGCAGCCGUGGCCUCUGGCGGUCGCGGCGGCAAUGAGGCCGCCGCAGCAGCUGCUGCAGCGGCAGCAGCAGCUUCCGGAAACAGCGCGGCCGCAGCAGCCGCCGCCGCAGCCGCAGCAGGAGGCGGCAACAGCGCGGCAGCUGCAGCAGCCGCCGCAGCAGCUGCCUCAGGCAAGGGACCAUGGGAUGCAGCGGCGGCUGCAGCGGCAGCAGCUUCAUCUGCAACUGGGCGCUGAAUGCUCAGAAGACUUCCUUGACAAGACCAAGGAGCCUUCUUGA